AUGGCUGAUCAGGUGCUCGAUCAGGUGCGCGACCUGGCUGAAGGUCAAAUUGACUUCGAAGGCCAGAAGCUGGCAGACCUCUUGGCCACCCUCGUUCUUUCGGCAUCCGGAGCUCUCGCCUUCGUUAUCGGCUUUUUCCUCCAAGACAUCAAGAUGGCUGUCUACGUUGGCCUGGCAGGAACCGCCUUCACGUUUCUCCUCGUCGUACCGCCUUGGCCCUUCUACAAACAGCACCCCGUCAAGUGGUUGGAAACUGGAUCUGGAUCACGUAAUGUCACUACAAUAGAGAAGUCAGGAUGA